GACACAUACAAAUGAAGCUCUGUGCAGAGCUACCAGGGGCAUCCCUAGGCAGGUGCGGGGGGUGCCCUUUGUACCGGGUGACACCUACCGCACGGGGUGACACUGAACCUGCUCCACAAAAAGGUAAGUUGUAAAGCAAGCCGACGAUUCCCGCAGGAUGGAUCGGAUCUCCGGAUUGAGCAUAAUGGAUCGGAGUCCGAUCCAUUAGGCUCAAUCCACAGAUCUGAUCCAUUCUUUGGGGAUCGUCGGAGGGGGUGUCACCAAGUGUUAUUGCACCGGGUGACACCAACCCUAG